CGUGAGGAAGCUACAUAACUAUGUAAGGAUGUUAGUAUGUAAACGGGACAAAACAGCGGCCGUUAAUUUAACAGCUUUUGUCAUAAAUGGACGGCGAGUGCUUUGGUCACUUGGAGCAAACAGCUGGAUAAUUUACUGAGUUAUAGUUUUUUAUAAAGCAAGCGACCAGCUGGUACGCUCAUAAGUAGUGAUGGAGUUGUCUCAGAGGGAGAGGCUGUCAGAGCUGGUGGAGGAGCUGACCACAUCAGGAGAGCCACAGCUCAACCAGGACAAGAUGAAGGAAAUCAAGAAGAUCUCCAAAGUUUCUAAUGACUGUAUAGACCACGUGUACCACUCAUUGAUGUCCCAGCUCAACCAAGAACAUGCUGAGAUCCGGCUGUCUGCCUUCCAGAUAGUCAGUGAACUCUUCUCCAGAUCACAUCACUUCAGAACCCUGCUGGUGGACAACUUCCAGGAGGUCUUGGAGUUGACAGUAGAGACUGACUCAGAAAAUCCCCUCCCUCCUCCCAAAGAAGUAGCCAGGAAACUGAGGUUACUGGCCAUCCAGACCGUCCAAUCAUGGCAGGCCUCUUAUGGGAUGGCUUAUAAGAAGUUAGCUCUGGGCUACCACUUUCUCAAACAGGUUAAGAAGGUGGACUUUCAGGAUGCUGAGGCCAGGACAGUAGCAGAGAGGAGGAGAGAGGAGGAGAGACAGAGGAGAAUGGCGAGGCUCUACAAGGACAGAGUGGAGGCAGCCUCCAAAGACAUGGAGGAGUCAUGCCAGGAUAUUGAGGCAACGUUGACAGAGAUGGAAUCCUGCAUGAGGCUGCUCUUCCCUGAGUUUGAUCUUACAGGCAUCCAGACAACCAAUAGCAGCCCUCCAAACCCCCAACCAGCCAAUGAAUGUCCAUCACUUGAUGAACAGCCCUGCUGCAGCAAAGACCUGAGGGAUAACAAGAGAGAAGAUAUUAUACUACAGAGGGAGGAGGGCAGGCAAGAAACGAAAAGCAAUGGGGAGGAAAAGAAAGGGCAAGAAGACAAAGUAAUGACAGAGAGGAGGAACAACAGGGAGGAGAAAAAAGAGAAGGAAAAGAAGGAGAGGUCUCAAGAUAAGAUGAGCGAGGGUAAAGAGAGGUGGGAUGGGACUGAGCAGGACGAGAAGAAGGGAAAGGAUGCAGAAGAUGAAGAAGAGAAGGGAGAGGUGGAGACAGCACAGAGGGAAGGAGGGGAGGAGGAGGAGGAAGAUGAUGAGGAAGAAAGUAAUGAGGAAGACGAGGAGGAAAGUGGUCAAGAGGGAGAUGAUGAUGAUAAAGACUCGUUUAUUCGGAACUCUGGGCUCAUCUCUCACUCCUACAGUCUGGACCUGAACCUCAGUCCUGGCCUUCACGUUAAGGAGACAGAGGAUAAUGAGGCUGUGGUUUCCAUGGUGAUAGACCUACAUAGACUUAUAACAACCAAACACCUACCGGCUGUGCAGGGCUGGGUUCAGGUCUUCACCAAGUCAGGUGCUGAGCAGCAGCUGUUGCGGAGAGCGCUGGAUCUGAAGAGGUCUUUAGAAGCUGCCCUGCAGAAACACAAAGAGCUUCACAUUGAUUACAAGAACAGGGUUCGCAAAGUGAUGAAGGGUUCUUCAAAAGAAGAGGAUGAUGAUGAUGACGACGACGAUGAUGAUGAUGAUGAUGAUUUUGACGAGGUUCCAGAGAAAGAGGGCUAUGAGCCACACAUUCCAGAGCAUCUACGAGCAGAGUAUGGCUUGGAUCCAUCUCCUUCCACCUCAACAGCGCCAGUCACAAAAAAACCUCCUGCUCGAAGGCCUGCAGCUCCACCUCCUCUGUCCUCCUCCUCCUCCUCCUCCUCUUCCUUAGCCAGGCGGCUAAAGCGACUUGUAGAGGAGGAGCGUGAUCCAACAUGUGCAGCCGCCACACUGCGCCUCCUGAGACAGAACCUCCCUCCACCCGCACAACCCAGCACCUCAUCAGGUCCAAGUUCAUCCCAGUCCAGCUCAGACCAGGCGCCUCGUGAUGCUCCUGUGGUUCCAUUUGGUUUGGACUUGUACUACUGGGGCCAGGAGCAGCCCAACGCUGGCAAGAUCAUCAAGUUGGCGUCUCAGCAUCAGUUCUGGGUUCACGCUGAGGUGGAGGAGGAGGUGGAGAACAAGGAGCUCCUGGCAGAAAGCAGGAGUAGAUACAUCUCCUUCCCUGGGACUUUCACUCCUGUCACCCAUUACUGCAAAGCUCCACUAGGCAACGGAAGCCUGUGUCAGAGGCAGGACCGCAGCAAGUGUCCUUUCCAUGGCUUAAUUAUUCCCCGAGACGAUGAGGGUCGACCUGUCAGGCAGGAGGACAGACUCAGGGAGGAGCAGGAGGAGAGGAGGAAGAGGGAGGAGCAGCCUGACUGGCGUGAUGCCGAGCUAAUGCGAGACAUCGAGGCGGCAACGGGGGAAGACCUGGGUUCUGACAGGGUGCGUAAAAAGGGAAAAGGGAAGAAGAAGAAAUACCCCAACCUCAGUGAUCUGAAGCAGAGCACCAACACGGCCCGCUCCAGGCUGGAGAGAAAAGUCUUCAACAAGAGCACCAUGCGCAGAGUAGCUGAGGUGAUGAGUAAAUCUGACCGGAGAAAACAUGACAAGUUCUCCAACCAGUUCAACUAUGCUCUCAACUGACCUCCAGACAGAUUUUUUUGGAAGGAAAGGUUUUAAUUUAUUGAUGUGCACAUACAGUAACUGAAGAGAUUACUGUGAUUGAUAUGCUAUUUAAACGCUGUUUGAACACUAUGACUCAGCUGGAAGGAUUUUACUUGUGUUUUUUAAGAUGUGUGUUCUGCCUCUGCUGACCAAACAUGUGCAGCUUCUGACACACAUGAUGAAUAACUGUCAGGUACCAGAAAAUAGGAACUUCUUUUGUUCUUUUCUUGAUAUUGCCUUUCUAUCAGCCAAAUCAGGUUUUCAUUAUGUGUAACUAACUGAAUUUGUGUUUUUUCUAGAUGAUUUUUUGUAUGUUUUUGUAUGUCAUCUUAAUUAUUUAAAGCCAUGUAUUCUAAAUGAACAUGAUGCAGGUUAAAAAGAUUUGUACCAGAAGUAAACUGUAAAUCUUUCCUCA